CAGUCAAUUCCCUGUAUAAUCAAUACUUCCGGGAGAUAUGUGUCAACACGAAAAAUAAAUAGAUAUAAGUUUUGCUGUGGUGUUCGAAUAAAUCAGACAUGGCAAACAUUUUUAUAGCUGGGUUUGGAGUUUUAAGUGUCUUAUGUGCAGCUUUAUUCCUGUAUACAAGAACUGCAGUUCCGACAAUCAGUGAUGCAGCAUUUAAACAGUUCCAGCGUGUCUACCUUGUCGUUUAUAUGCUUGCAAUGGCUGGUGACUGGUUACAAGGACCUCAUGUGUAUGCUUUGUACGAUAGUUAUGGGAUGACACCACACCAGAUUGAAGUCCUGUUUGUUGCAGGCUUUGGAUCCAGUAUGAUAUUUGGAACAAUUGUUGGCUCAGUAGCUGAUAAGUUUGGCAGAAGAAAUAAUGCUAUUAUUUAUGGUAUACUUUAUGGUGGAGCUUGUAUUACAAAGCAUUUUAACAGUUUCUGGGUUCUGAUGUUAGGACGUCUAUUAGGAGGUAUUGCAACUUCAAUCCUGUACAGUGCUUUUGAGUCCUGGAUGAUUUAUGAACAUACCAAGAGAGGUUUUGAGCAGGAAUCUUUAGGAACAGUAUUCAGUCAUGCUGUAUUAGGAAACUCCUUGGUGGCCAUUAUAGCUGGUUUGGUGGCACAAUUCUUUGCAGACAGAUUUGGAUUUGUUGCACCAUUUGAUGUGGCAUUAACAGUUUUAAUGAUCAUGACAGUUAUUGUUGUGUUCACAUGGACAGAAAACUAUGGUGAUAGAACUACAAAUAUUGGACACAGCUUUUCUGAAGCCUGGAAAUCUAUAAAAACAGAUCCAAAGAUAUUAUGUUUAGGAAUGAUCCAGUCCUUGUUUGAAGGUUCUAUGUAUAUAUUUGUAUUGGAAUGGACCCCAGCCCUUACUCCAUCAGAGCCCAGUACAACAGGGACUGCAAGGCGUCUGUUAGCAUCAUCAUCUGAAACCAUACCUCAUGGUCAUAUAUUUGCUGGUUUUAUGGUUUCCAUCAUGAUAGGAUCUUCGUUAUUUAAGUUACUGUCAAAAUAUUCAUCUCCAGAAUCUUUCAUGAGAUUUGUAUUAGUAGUAGCAUCAGCAUCAUUAGCCACACCCAUUAUUUUUAAAGGCAAUCAAUUGGUAGUAUUUAUUGGUUUCUUGGUAUUUGAGUGCUGUGUAGGAAUAUUUUGGCCAUCUCUGGGACAGAUGAGAGGCAAAUAUGUACCUGAAGAAACCAGAGCCACCAUAAUGAACUUCUUCAGAAUUCCAUUGAACAUGAUAGUAGUUGCCAUUUUACUUCAGAAUUUACAAAUGAAGGUUAUAUUCCAGUGCUGUGUAGGAUUUCUAUUUUUAGCUGCAUUGUCACAGCAAUGGCUAUUCAGUAUGGUAAAAUCUGUGAAUCCAGGAAGUAGUGUUAUUAAAGCUUGAGUUAAAAGUUUGCAUACGUCAGAAUCUCAGAAACCAGUAAUAAAAGGAGGAGUGUUAAUGAGACCAGGUGGUACACCAUCACAGGAGAAAGUUCCAAUAGAAGAAAAGGAGCCACUUGUUUAGAUGGUCUUUUGACAUUAUAAAGUGAUUCUGAGGGUUAUUAUAUUAUGGUGUUCUGAAUGUAUUUCUUAUUAGUUGUUGUUUAAAAGAUAUUAUUAUGAAAUGUAUUUUUGUAUAAUGAAUAUUAAAAAUAUUUAUAAGUUGCACGACAUUGAACAUUGAAAAUGUAAAUUAUCAGUACAAUCUGCUGUUCUAAGUAUUGUCAAACUAUUUUGAUUUGAAAGGUAAGAAAUAAAUAAUAAAAACAUUAUAAAAAGUCAUGGAAAUUUUGUUUUCUACCUUUUAGUCUAAUGAUUUGAUAAGAUUAAUGUACAAAAUCAUGUACAAAAUUUUGUAGAAGGCUUUGUACCUUAUAACAUUAGUACCUAUUUAUACAUACAGCCGGUCAAAGGACUAUGUUAAUGCCUUAAUAUUAUAAAUGAGACAUAUCACAAAUUUAUCUGUUCUGACAUGCAAAACCUUGAAACGAUACUUUUUUUCUAAUUAAGAAGAACAAUGUAACUUUUUUCAUUUGUUACUUUGUCCUAAAAUAAUUUUAUAGUUUUUCUCAGUAGAUUGUUUUAAAAGUGAACAUUUCACUUUAAAUGAGAAUGUAUGAUAAAUCCCUCUUUUUUUUGUCCCUUAAAUUUUAAGAUUGAAAAUGUAAUAAAAUUCCACUCUCAAUUUUAUUUCAACUGUAUAUCAAAUAAUAUCCUUUAGAUGAUCUUUUUUGAGAUUUUAAAUAUCCAACUGUUUUCAAAACAGUUGCAAAAAGAAUAAUUUCAUACAUUUUUGAUAGUCAGUAUAUCAUAUUAUUGUAACAAAUAUUUCAUGUUAUUCAAAGUCCCCCUGUAAAAUAGAUUUCUAUUUAUAUAAUCAUGAUUACAUUUGAAUCAUAGUAAUCAGCAAUGAUUUGUUGAACAUAAGAUAAUAUAGUUUAUGUGAUAUUUGUAUUUUUUGUAUAUUUUUUUUUUUUUAUUGUUUUUGAGUUCAUUAGAUAAAAUGGUUUGUUGUAGAUUAAGAGUAUAGUACUAAGUAUGAUAUUUUUGAACUCAGAGUUUAGCGAAUUAUUAUUUCUUUGCAUUUUCUCUCAUUAGAAACUAUCUGUUCACUAGAUUCUAUUUUUCAUAUUUUUUUUCUUCUUGAAAACUGUUAAAAUUUGUGAAUUCAUUAGUGAGCCACAUUUCAGGUAGUCAAGUAAAAUUAUGACGUGAAUGAAAAAUACGACAAUAGUGAAAUAUAAUAUAGGAUUUUUGAUUUAACAUUGUAAUUUUCUUUAACCAAUUAGCAUUUGUUAUAAUACCGACUGUGCAAGACCUCAUGGGUAGUCAACGUCGUUAAACACGCCCAAAGUAGUUGUUAUAAAAUGUACAAGGAUCUCGGUGGCUGUGUUGUUUGAAUAAUUCAUCUACAGCCAUCACUAGCCUGUCAACACUGAGAUUGUGAGUUGAAGCCUUGCUCAUGUUGGGUGCAUUUCACUCCUAAUUUAAUUGACUAGUUUUCCUGCUGAAGGAUUGUGAUUUUCUCCAGGUACUCCCGUAUUCAUCCACAAAUAAAAACUGGCUGUCAUCAUAUAUUCCAUGUGCUAGUGGUGUAACACAAUCUGAAUAUGUAGGUUUUUUUUUAUUAAAUAGAUAUAGAUCAUUUAUAUUUCAAAUCUUGAAAAACAAACUUUAUUUAUUUAAAACAGUCAAGUUUUUAGUUGUAUAUUUAUUGAGACCUUAUUCAUAUCUUCACUACACAUCUAUUUGAUUUUAAUCAAGUUGAAUAAAAACAAUGUCUUUGCCAGCAAGUGUAAACCAAGUUUCUUCACACCUUUGAUGAUUUGAUAAAUAGCGUGAAUAUUAAAAAGUUGAAUCUUCAAUUGAAAUAUAAAACAUAAAAAAAAAAAGAAAUUUCUGUGAAGUCAGUCAGAGAUAUUAAAGUGAAAUAAAGUAUCUGAGAAAAUCAGCUGGUUUACAGUUCAAAUGGAGAAAACUUAUUCUUGGUAUAUACAUGUAGCAUCAAAAAUCUUGAUUGAGGAAAACUCACUGAAAUGUGGCACCUUUACUUAAUUGUUACUUAACAUGAUAAUUAUAAUUCAAUAACAGUUUAAUAUUUUUAUCAUAUUAAAAUUUUGUUGUUGUUUUUGAGUCAAUUACAGUUUAAACUAUAUUUAAAAGUUUUUGAGGGCUUUUUGCAUUAAUUAGGUGGAAGCAAAUAUUGUGUUCUAUUUCUAAACAUAGCAAUUUCAAUCUUUGAUUUUACAGUUGCAAAUACAUUUUUCCAGUUAUGCAUUUUGGGAAACAAAUUUGCAGCUGCAAAAUCUAUGAUUGACCAGUAUUUAAAUAAAUUGCAGUUAUUUCUAUUCUAACGUAAUUGUGUAAGCAUGCCUACUAAAUGAAAUUUUAAAUAAAUUGAAAUGUCACAGAGUAUUCCACCAGGUAAAUUGUGAGUGUAAUCCCCCUGCACACAUACUAGGUCAUCCUUUUAAAAAUCUAAUUUAGAAAAGAAUUGCAUUAGAGUAAAAUAUUGUUGUAAGUUGCAUUAACUUCCAGUUUUGUUUGAAGUCCUGUAUUUUAACAAAUGAUUUCUGAUGCAAGGAGAGAGACUUCAGUAGCGUUUAGGAGGCAAUAUAAAAGGGUGGUGUAUUCCCUGGUGAAGUUGAAUCAAGUGUUGUAAUAAUUUAUACUAGAUUCAACAAAAAGGCAUUAUUUGAAAGCCAUUUCAUUAAAUUGCAAAAGUUUCAAAUUUAUAGACAGCUACUUGUUAUAUAUCAAUGUAGAAUUGUACUUUUUUUUUAUAACAGGAAAAUAUUGUUUAAGAUGAUGUUAAUGUUAUGAAUUCAUUUGGGAAAAAUAAAAUUGGAGCUUAUUA